AUGGCGCUGCCGGAACCUUCGUCCACGCGCUGCUCCACCUUGGCGCCACCUCCGGGUCCGAACUCGAGGUCGCCGCUGCCUCUCCGCCUCGCCGCGGCCGGCCUCGAGUGUUCCCCGCCACGCGACGUCGCGCUGCGCGGCGGCCUCGCGUUCACGCCGCCACGGCCGCUCCGCCUCGGCGCGGAGCUGCGAGGGGCGCGGCAAGGGGGCCGUGGCGAGGGGGCAGGGGAGGGAAAGGACGGUGCGGCUCCGUGGGUCGCCGGAGUAGGGAACAGGGGAGGGGCCGUGCUCCAUGGCCGGUCGCGCACCUCACCGAAGCAGGGGCCGCCUGCUCACCGCCGCCGCCGCCCGAGGGGUGGCCCCGCCGGCCGGCACCGCGCCACGAGCCCACGACCCCGCCCGCUCCGCGCCGAGGCCCCGCCGGCCGGCACCGCGCCCCGCCCCCGCCCGCUCCGCGCCUUGGCCCCGCCGGCCGGCACCGCGCCACGACCCCGCCCGCUCCGCGCCUUGGCCCCGCCGGCGCCGUGCCGAGGCCCCGCUGGCCGCCGCGCGCCGAGGCCCCGUCGGCUGCCGGGAGAGGAGGCCCCGCUCCGCGCCUUGGCCCACGCCGCCGGCCCUGCCUCGCGCCUUGGCUCCGCGCUUGCCGGCCUGAAGUGA